ACAGUUAGUUAGAAUUAUUAAAAUCCCAUAGAUUUUCCCCACUUAUACCAUGGAAUAUCAGACCUCAAGUACAGAGUGCUGUCACCACAAUUCCGAGUAAUAUUAUGAAGAAUAUAAAGCAUAUAUUCAAAGAUGUCCAUACACAAUAAUUUCAUAUGUUUUGAACUUGCUUGCUAGUGGUGCAAUUGUCCUAUACACUGCCUCAAACUAUAUCUUUUGAAUUAUUUAGUUGUUCUUAUCCACUAGCAUAAACCUUCUGGCUAUUUUAAUAACAUUGUGGAUCUUCUCUCUCAUCAAGAACAAUGUCUUCUGAUACUUGGACAAAUUUACAGAAGCUGAAAAUGAAACAGGAAAGUUUAAGGGAGAGAAUACAAAGAAGAAGACAGGGCCAUAAAGAAAUUUUGGCACAGACUGCAGAUUCUACUGCAGCAUCGACAGUAAGCAAUUCAUCAGAUGUGGCAGAUACAGAGGAAAAUGUUGACGUUAUUGACCCAGGAAUUGAGAAAAAAUUUCAGCAAUAUCUAUGUCACCAUUCACUCACUUUCCCAAUGCAUUCUCUCAAUAUAAUGUCUGGAUUUAAUAAGAUUCUCCAAAGCGUCCCAAAGACCACAUCCUUAACUUUGCCUCAAGUUGAACUUCUCUUGAACAAGCAAGAAGCGCAGCGAUUUAUUGAAAUUGAAGACUCUCAAUCAAGUGUAGAUAAGUCAAACGAAACUGAUCCAAAAAUAACCGUUUUGUCUGUAAGCCAUGCCAAACUCGCUGCAGUAGCUGGAGAAAUGAAAGAACCAAUUUAUACAGAAGAAGAUAUUCGAUCAAACAUGUCUGCCUCUGAGAAACAAACUAGUGAACGAGAAAAAAAUCAAGACAGUUCCCUGGUAAAGCAAAAACAGGCUGUGAAGCGCCACUCGUCUGAUUCAAAUCACAACCGAAAGCACAGAAGUGAUACGAGACGGCCAGAAAAAUCCUCAAAAACAAAUGAGUCUGGAAAAAAUAGUGAACAGAAAGACUUGGAUGAUAUAGAAGAAUUGCUGUCCACUAAAUCAGCAAAAGAACAGGACACAAAACGCAUCGCAGAGGAAAUUCAAGAAUUACUUGGCACUGCCUCCACUAAGGAAUUAUCGUUAGCGGAAAAAUUCCGAACUCUUGGUGGUUCACAGGUUAAAGAAUUCUGUCCUCAUGGUACACGGUUUGAAUGUAUGCGGCAACGGAAAUCCAAUUAUUCAUGCAGUAAAUUGCACUUCAAGAAGUUGAUAAAGCCUCACACAGAUGAAUCACUGGGAGACUGCUCUUUUCUCAACACUUGUUUUCAUAUGGAUACAUGCAAAUAUGUUCAUUAUACUAUUGAUUACAAGGGGACAGAACUUGACCCAAGGUAUCAAAAAAGAGGAAAGAAAAGAACCGAGUCAAAUGAAGAUAAUAAACUAUUGCCAAAACUUGCAUCCGAUGAAGAUUAUUUGCAAAGGAAAAUGCUUCCUCCACAGUGGGUAACAUGUGACAUCAGAUAUCUUGAUAUGUCAGUGCUUGGAAAAUUCUCUGUAAUAAUGGCUGAUCCGCCAUGGGAUAUUCACAUGGAGUUACCAUAUGGUACAAUGCAAGAUGAUGAAAUGAGAGCAUUAAGAAUACAAGAUCUAUCUGAUGAUGGCCUAUUCUUUUUAUGGGUAACAGGAAGGGCUAUGGAGCUUGGAAGAGAACUCUUUGAAUGCUGGGGAUACCAGAGAUGUGAUGAACUCAUUUGGGUAAAAACCAAUCAACUUCAAAGAUUAAUACGAACUGGAAGAACAGGUCAUUGGAUAAAUCACGGAAAAGAGCAUUGUCUGGUCGGCAUAAAAGGAAACCCUAAAGGCAUCAAUACAGGGUUGGACUGUGAUGUACUUGUGGCAGAGGUAAGAGACACCAGUCACAAACCAGAUGAAAUCUAUGGUAUUAUAGAAAGGCUUUCUCCUGGCACAAGAAAAUUGGAAUUAUUUGGCAGGAUGCACAAUGUACAGCCAAACUGGGUAACACUGGGAAAUCAACUCGAUGGAGUGCACUUGGUCGAACCAGAUGUUGUUGGAAAAUUUAAGCAGAAGUAUCCAGAUGGGAAGGUCACGAAGCCUGCAACCAAAUCUUCUAAUUGACACUUUAUUUAAAAAUAAUAAAAAACAAACGCACUGCC